UCGAUAUCACCGUACAAACAUCGAUUUUUGUUCCAGCUCUAGACAAGUUUUUUUUAUAAAUAAAAUAGCUCUAGAAAUACAAUAUUUAUGUAUAUUUAUUGUAUGUAAACCAGUUACAAAAAAUUGUCGUUAAAAUGAGUUGUUUUCGAGUAUCGCUUUUGAGACGCAAACCUGUUCGGGACCUAUUUUGAACAUCAAGUGAAAAAUGUAAUUGUUAAAAAAUGUACCUGGAAAAUAAGAGUGCUAUAGUGUUCAUAUUUGUUUGUGUUUUCUUCUCUGCGAAUGGAGCAAGACACACACUGGUAUGUGACGACACGGAUAUAGCUGUAAACCAGUCAACGUAUUUAUAAGGCACAGCUAUCUUGUAACAGAUCGGGCAUUCAGCAAAGCUAUUAAAGACAUAUACAUCGGAAAAACAUUGAUAGCGGAAUGCAAGAACGGGUAAAGAAGGUACGCCUUACACUUUCCUUGACCCAGUUAAAGUCACAGACUCAAGAUAGUAGCCCACGGUGCAGUAUGGCUUGUAAAAGACGCUUAACCUCCAGUAAAGUGCUUGCCGAACCACAGCCACCACUCUUGGUAGCUCUCCCGAAUUGCAAAACGGGUGGCCAUCAGAAGCAUCAUAAAGUACAGCUAUACUCUGGGAGUCCACUGAACAUCAAGCUGUACGUGCCAGCGAAUAUCGAGGGUAUUCCGAGAAUUCGCAAUCAGGCUUUAACGACUACGAACAAUACACAACCAGCUAUGCAUCGAAAGUCUAAAAGCAAAAGCAAGAACCCAGCUUCCAACAUCCUUUCAACUCUACACCCAUCAAGUGAAAGUGAAAAUCAGUCAUCCGCAGAGAACCCAUCGGCACUAAUAGAAACAGUCGAAAAAUGUGACGAAAUUUCAGCAGGAACAAGAGUGAAGGCGUCGCAGAAUUUCCCAGAUUUAAACAAAACUACGAAAAGUCAGCAUUACCCCAACAACAGGAUAAGAAACAGAAACCGCUCAUUUUCUUCCUCCACAUCUUCAGCGGUAAAGUGCAAAAUGAUGAUUCCAUUACCAACUUUUGGCGCCACAUCUUUCGUUACUUUGCUGACUUUAAUUUGUAUGGAAACGGUUUUGCUAUCGACCAUGUCCAGUUGCGCCAAAACGUUCUACAUGCAUUGGAAUACAUCGAACAGCAUAUUUCGGAUCGAUAACACCGAUCAUAUAAUCGAUGUUAAUAAAGGCAAUCUUGCAUUUGAGUUUGAUCAGGUGCAUAUAAUAUGCCCAGUAUAUGAGCCAGGAACUUUUGAAAAUGAAACUGAGAAAUAUAUAAUUUACAAUGUGUCUAAAGUGGAGUAUGAAACAUGUCGCAUAACAAAUGCAGAUCCGCGAGUAAUAGCUAUAUGUGAUAAACCUCAGAAAUUAAUGUUUUUUACAAUAACUUUCCGGCCAUUUACACCGCAGCCAGGUGGUUUGGAGUUCCUACCUGGAAAUGAUUAUUACUUCAUUUCAACUUCAUCUAAGGAUGAUUUAUAUCGGCGAAUUGGAGGUCGAUGCUCCACAAACAACAUGAAAGUAGUGUUCAAAGUGUGUUGUGCCGCCGAGGACAAGAACAAAACCACUGCAAUAAGCAAAUCUAUAUCAGGUGCUGACACUGGAGGAACUAUAAAUGUCAAUAUAGCAGCUAAUGAUGAUAGUCAUGUCCAUAGCCAAGGCAAUAACAUUGCUAUUGGAACCAAUAUUGGUAUAAAUGGAGGCAUAGUUUCCGGAGGACCUCAGUCCGCGGGAAUGCCGAUCAGUCCAAUCAACGGCAAUAGCAAUAUAAAUGGCAUAGCAACCACUAUUAAUUCAAACGUUGAUCAGUUUAACCGGAUACCGAUUCAACCAAACAUAAUCGGUAACAAUAUAGGGAACAAUGCCGUUGGACCUGGAGUUGUUAAUGGUGGUGGAAUUAUAUUGACUCCUGGCCAUGGUCAUGGCAACAUUAAUAUGCUGCAACCAGGUCGCGGCGGAAUGAACGUUGCUUAUCCAGGACAUCACCACAUCCAGACUGGGAUCAGGAUAAACAAUGUUCCGACGCAGCAUAGCUAUCCACCUCACAAGGGUAAUGUUAACAGCAACACUAACGGAAAUGAUGACCACCACCACUACAACAAACAUCCCAACGAGGUAGUAAAGAACGAAGAGCUAACAUACAAUAGUGGCACAGCGCCAGCAGAUAAACACAUUUUCGCUUUAUGGAUCUGGAUCUUGUCCUUUUUUCCACUGCCAUUAAAUCAAUCUUGCUGUUUGUCAGCGUAUUGGAUAAACUCACCUUUAGUCCUAAGCAUUGUUGCGAUCCUCGGUAUCCACUAUUUAGUUGAAAACGCGUUGCAACCCACGUUUCGGCGGUAUACGCCUGGAAUAAUAGAAUUCGCUCCAACAUCUAGCAGCUUGUUUAGCCCUACAUCCGCCAUUAUAAAAUAUGACCGGUGAAUUUCAAAUGAAAAUCAUAUUUUGUGUUCCCCUGUUCUGCAUUUUUUUUAAGAAUUCCAUCAUCACCUAAUAUCUUUUAUCACUCUUCUCCAACUAUGUUAAUAUUGUCGGUGAUAAAAAGUAGUGGAUAGGAAAGGUUGGAAUCACAUAAUAUGCUUACUGAUAUUGAUUUGGAAAUGUAAUUGCAAUUGAUUGGGUUAGUCUAACUCAAAAUUUAUUAUAAUAGAUCAGAUAGAAAGGAGAAAGGUGAAAUAGAAUUAAUAAGUAAAACAAUUAAAUAUAUCAAGAACAUUAACAGUUA